AUGGCUGCCUCCGCUCUCUCCAGCGGGUUGAUCGAUCCCACCAAACAAGCGGAAUACCCGAUCAUCCUGGGCGAUAGAUUGGCAGGGAACAAUAAUAUCUCCCGUUCCAAUCUCAUCAACAUCCAGUACAAUUACAGAGCCAAGUCUGCGACCGCGCAGCAACGAUCCACCAUCACCAAGUCCUCCCGGUUUAGUGACCGCUACCGCCUAACGAUCACCGACAAAGCGCCGAAUGCCGAGCAGAGCGUGUUGACCUAUUCGUACCAAGGUAGUGUAGACCCCGAGCGAGCCAGUGCGGACUCGAAACAACAAAACCUGGUUUUAGUGUUCGAUGCAGAUCGAAAGGCCUUUGUCCUGGAGCCGGUCGCAACGCAGCUCAACUUUAACCUCCGCUCGGCUCCCGCCAAGACAGAGAAGCAGGUGAUCGAGCAGCAUGCACAACUGAGGACCCUGCAGGAGGACGACCAGGGUUCGGGGGAUGAUCGGGGGGUGGAAAGCGCCAGUGGGAAUGACGAUGAUCCCGCCGAUGACAGCAACCCAUACGACUUCCGCCAUUUUCUUCCCAAGCACAAUACGGAAGAUGACAAGUCUACCUCUGACAACGCUACCCCAGAGCCCCAUUCCAGCACAAGCAGAGCGAAUACGCCCCUGUCGGUGCCCACGGCCACCAGGCCUACUCCAAGCCCUAAACAGCAACCCAAGUCGCAGGCGAAUUCCCUACGGCAGACAAAGCGCCCGACCGCGCCUAUGACAUCAAACCCUACAACAAACGCCAAGGCUCACCCUAAGCCCAAGCCUAAGCCUCGGGCGACGCAGAAAGAAAAGCAGGAGGAUGAGACCGCGGUUGUGGGGUCGACUUCCGACUCUGGAACGGUUACGAUCAACCCUCCCAAACCCACACCGUCGCCGAAUUCAAAUAUCAUUAUCGACGGCGAUCUGAUUAUUGAUAUGGGAUCGCCACCUCCGUCGCGUCCCGCAUUCAAGGUCAACCCCGCGCAUUUCUCAUCCAAUAAUACACCAGCUAAUAACGAUGGCGAUGAUGACGAGGAGGAGAUUGAAGAUCUAAGGCUUCCGUCUCCGGCGGGACAUGGGGCGCGUGCACCAUCUGGAGGGAUACAACCCGUGUCCGCUGGACCAGCAGAUGAGGAAGAAGUUGAAGAUGACGAUGCGUUGGCCGCCGAGAUGGAAGCUGCGUUUGAGGAGAGUGCGCGAGAGGAAGCAGAGGCUCGAAGUCAACCGUCCCAAGCGGGACCAGUGUCGCAUCAAUACCAUGUUCCCAGUGAGGACGAGAGUGAGGUUAGCGAGGAGGAGUAG